UCUCCAUCUCUCCUCCUCGAUUCGGCCUGUAUAUGAGCGGAUCACGAGAGAGACACGGACGCUGAUGUAGCCGGUACGGAGGGUCUCAUGGAGCUUGUCAAAGCGGCAGUGUUUUAUUUGACUUUUCGUUCACAAUGCACUUUAGGAUUUCAAUAAGAUGUAUGUGUGUUUUGAGAUAGUGACUUUUCUUCUCGCCUUCAACUUCUACGACUUGGUUCUUACUCAGGACCCCUCCUGCUGUCAUCAUGCUGCGGAGCUCUCACCAUGUAGGGAAGCAUGCGAUCAGCUCGCCACCAUAAAAAGCGAAUCCCGUUUGAAGCACCUACUACAGCGACUACCCAGCUACUGUCCAGACUCCAUGAAUGAACUUUGGACCUGCAUCAACUCUACACUACCUGGCGCAUCCAGGAAGUCCGAUGGUUGGGUGGGCCUGGGCUGCUGUGAGCUGGCCAUCUCAGCCGAGUGCCGAAGGGAGUGCAAGCAGGCAUCCUCCAAGAACGACAUCACCAAAGUCUGCAAAAAAGACACCGAGAAACCGCUCUAUAGCUGUAUCACCAAAAAUGAGAUGGGUUCUGUAUGCUGCAGCUACGCUGGAAGACACACCAACUGCCGAGAGUACUGCCAGGCCAUCUUCCGGACAGACUCCUCCCCCACGGUCUCUCAGAUCAAGGCCGUCAAGGACUACUGCCAGAGCGUCAGCCCCCAGCUCAUUGGCUGCGUGGGCAACUACACAAAGUCCUACCCAAUCAAGAGCCCCAUAGACAGUCUGUACUGCUGCGAGCGUGCCAGUGAGCCCCACUGCCAGGUGGCCUGCCGGCGCAUCCUCCGCACCAUGACCACGGAGCACGAGAUUAUGGAAGGCCUGAUCGACGAGUGCGGCAGCCAGCCCCUCCCUCAGGACCCCCUGUGGCAGUGUUUUCUGGGCAGCGCCCAUCCCCCCACCAAGAGUGAGACGGAGACCUCGCCCACCGCCAAGAUGGACGGCGCCAAGUUGCAUUGCUGCUCCAAAGCCAAUACGUCACUGUGCAGGGACAUGUGUCAGGAGAUUAGCACCAACUGGGGCACUCAAACCUGGCAGGAAUUUGACCAGAUGUGUGAGUACAACGCUGUGGAGACAGACCUGAUCACCUGCCUGGCUGAUGUCAGGGAACCCUGCCAGUUGGGCUGCAAGGACCUGGCCUACUGCACCAACUUCAACAACAGGCCUACAGAGUUGUUCCGCAGCUGUAACGUCCAAUCAGAUCAGGGCGCUCUAAAUGACAUCAAGCUGUGGUCCAAUGGGACGAUCAAAAUGCCCUUCAUGAACAUCCCUGUCCUGGACAUCAGGAAGUGCCUUCCAGAAAUGUGGAAAGCCGUGGCCUGCGCCCUCCAGAUCAAACCCUGCUACAGCAAGUCCCGCGGGAGCGUCAUCUGCAAGUCGGACUGUGUGGACAUUCUGACACAGUGCGGAGACCGCAAACGCUUUCACGAGGGACAGACAGCCGAGCGCAUCUGUGAGAUCCUGUCUCCAAUCGACGACCCUGAACGCUGCAUUCCCCUGGAGAGAUACCUCACUCCAAGCUCCCUGGGCAACAUUAUUGAGGAGGUCAUCCAUCCCUGUAACCCUAACCCCUGUCCUAGCAACCACCUGUGUGAGGUGAACAGGAAGGGCUGCCAGCCAGGACAGGACUGUCUGCCUUUCUUCUGUAUGCCAGGCUGUAAACUUGGUGAGGCAUCAGAGUUCCUGGUCCAUCUAGAUGCCCGUAUCCAGGUGCCCCUGAGGAAUGGCCAGACGGGCUGCUUUGAGGUGUGCACCUGUGGACAGAGUGGCCGACUGGAGAACUGUGCUGAGAUGCCCUGCAUCGAUACCUCCAAGACCUGCAUCGUAGGGGGCCAACGAAAAAACCACGGGGCUUCCUUCAGGGUGGACUGCCAUCCCUGCUUCUGCUCUGCCGGCGACACCAUCUGCUCCGCCCGCCAAUGCCUGAGUGUCGACAGUUCAGACGAGGACCGUCGCCGCUUCACAGGACUCCCCUGCGGCUGCCCCGACCGGUUUGUGCCGGUGUGUGCCCGUAACGGCCGGACCUACCCCAGUGCCUGUGUGGCGCGCUGUAUGGGUUUUAAAGACAACCAGUUUGUGUUCGGAAACUGCCGCAGCAGUGACCCCUGCACCCCCAGUCUCUGUCACAGGAACCAGAGGUGCAUCCCCAAACACAGAGUGUGCCUGACGGAUCUGGCUGAGCCUUGUCCACAGCAUGAGUGCGUGGGUCGCCCCUCAGGAUGUGACAAGAGUCAAAUGGACCCAGCCUGUGACACCGACAACGAGGAGCACCCCAACCUCUGUCAGCUCCUGCAGAUGGGCAAGACCCUGGCCUACAUGGGCCACUGUCAGGACGCCUGUAAACGGCCGCAGCCUGUGUGUGGCCACAACGGCGAGACGUACAGCACGGUAUGCGAGGCGUACUCGGACCGCGUUGCCGUGGACUACCAGGGGCGUUGCCACGCGGUGGGGGCUGUGGCAGACCUAGCCUCCGACUCAGGAUGUGACAUGAUCCCAUGCCCGGCUCUCUCCACGCCCAGCUGCGUCCCUGUCACCCCACCCGGCGCCUGCUGUCCCAUCUGUGCGGGCAUGCUACAGAUCCUGUGGAACAAAGAACAGAUGAAUGUGUUUGCCAAGUUAAACCGGAACCAACCGGUCACAGUCCAUGACAUUCUGCGGAUCCUGCGUCUUCACAUCUCCGUUCCCCAGUGUGACAUCUUCGGCUACCUGAGCAUCGACUCCGAGAUCAUCAUCCUCAUAGUCCCUGUAGAUCAGCAGCCUACACCUCUGCAGAUUGAAGCCUGUAGCAUGGAGGCGGAGAAGAUCGACGCGCUCAUUAACUACGGCAGCCCUACCCUGGUCUCCCACGUGCCCCUGUCUGCUUUCCUCGCCUCCGAGGUCAAGAUCUCCACCAUCAGGUCUGCAGGGCACCCCAGCUCCACAGCCUCCUUCCUGCCCACCUUCCUGUGCCUUGCCUUGGGGCUCCUACUCACUCUAACCCCAGGCGAUGCCUAGCUGGUAUUCAGUGACCAGGCCUGCGGGCAGGAAGCUGGGUGUACUGUGGGGUUUUCUGUCCACCUCCCCCGGGCCGUCGGCAAGCAGCAUCAGCCUGUAAAGGCCUUGACAAUCAAACCCAUUAACUCCACCAGCGUCACCACAAUCACUGACGAAAAGCUAGGAGAUGAGUGGUAAUUAAAGUACAGAAGCGGACACACAAUCACAUCCAGCUUUCGUUCCACAGAACUCAAAUUAUGGUGAUGAGGAAGAUUAGUUUCAUCACGCAGUGUUUUGAAUUCCGCAGCUUUCUGAUCCUCUAAGGCUGUGGUGAGAUGUGUGCGCGAGUGUGUGUGUGUGUGUGUUUAUGCGUGUGAUUGUCUAUUUGCUGUGUGUGCAUGUGUUAGUGAAUGUUGUAUGUGGCUGUGCAUGUGUGUGGGUGUGAGAGAGGGGGAUGUGCCAGGUGGUUCAGUCUCAGAGUAGAGUCAGGAGUCAGGUCUAGAUGUGUUAAUGAACGGUGUUUCUUUGUGUGUGGGUGUAUGUGUGGGUGUGUGUCUGUCUGUGAGUCAGAAGUCAUGUCAGGUUCACUCCCAAAAAAAGACAUCUGUCCCAGAUAGUCUCAGAGGUCUUAUUACCCCCCCCCUCAUGCUCUCCCAUUUUGUCUCCUCUUCCUCUGCCCUCCAGGAUCCAGGUUUUACAUUUGUAUUAUUGUAAAUAGUGUUAGUGGAGAGGUGUUGACUAGGAAUGCGACAAUAAUACUGGAAUGUCAAACAGGUCAAAGACAAGCAUUCCUAUUUCGUUGGCUGAAAGACAAACACGUCAAAGACAAUCAUUCCCAAUCCGUUGGCUGAAAGACAAAAACAAAGGGAUUCUUGUUGUUCCUCCAGUGUAGAUAAGAUGUAAACUAAAGAGGAACAACAGCCAUGUUUUUAAUGAAAAUGACAAUCAUCACUUUAUCCAUGAUGCACAUGGGUAAAGAUAUAUAUAUCGACAGAAUGCCUUGCGUAUAGUUCCUAUAUGAAGUAAAUGCAAUAACUUUAUAAUGUUGAUAAGAAUUAUUCCAAAAUCUUCUAUAUUUGAUAUGUUAAAAAAUGGAUCGGGAUGAUUCAAUGUGCCAUUUUUUACGUUUUAUUCUUGCAUGAUGAUAAUUAUGUGUUUUUACUCAAGAAUGUAUUGUAUUAUGUUUGUCCUGUCCUAGUGUUUCAUUUGAUGUUUUCUCUAUGCCUACGCAGCACAGUGUCCGCGUCGUUUUACAGUAUUAUCGUGCUAGGCAGCUUUGUAGCAACGAACCCGUUUCCAGGGUCCUCAUGGUAUUAUAUCUGUUUGUCUCCAAAGUGUUCGUUCUUUUUUUUUACGAUAUCUUGUGUUCAUAUUGCCAUGUUUAGAAAGAGUAGAGAUGUAGGCACUUAGUAUUACGCUAAUGGUCACUGUAUUGCAUCAUUGUCUCAGAGGAGAUGCCAGUACAUGCAACGUGUGUAAAAUGCCCAAAUAAUGCAUAUUUUAUUGAAUAUAAAACCCUACAAUCAAACA